UUUAUUGUUGUUUUCGUGGUAAUCUUUCUCUCUCUAAAAAGGGUAUCUGGGUUUGUUUACCCUUUUUCACCUCCGUCUAGAAUGGGUUAAAGUCAAAUGGAUCAGCUUCUUUGGCACUUUCUUGAAUUCAACGUUCCUAUAACUUGGGCCAGUCCUCUGAGGUACUUGCACAUUCAUCGCGAUUCUUUGGCAUGCACAGAGUAGAAAAGGUAGACUCUGUAAACAGACGUUGUUGUAGACAAUGUAAUGAUCAUCAAUUUUUGGUCGUCCAUCACCUUCUGCUGGUUGAAUAAUCCCUUGUCCUAAAGUUGUGGCCUCUCUUCUUCUCCGGCAACGACGACGCCGGAAUCAAGAUGUAGUUUAUGUGGUUGAAAAGAGAGAAAUAGAUGAGUUUGAUAGAGGAAAUCGUCAGUCCAAAUCCUACAUCAUUCCAGCGAUUCGAUGAAAUUGAGGCAUAGUUGUCUGAAAUUGGAAGAAAUCGGGGUGAUGAGAUGAUGGGUCAACUGUAGAAGGAGGAAGAGGUUUCAGUCUUCAAUGGAUGAUCGGCGGCGUUUGGUAGCAGUUUGUGGUGGCAGAGAAAAGAAGAGAGAUGAGCUGGUGUACCCUCCGGUCGCCGGUCACUAAUCGCCCGAUUCCAAACUUGCAGUGGUUGUGGUAUGGGUCUUGGUGAUAGGAGAGGAUGAUGGGUUAGAGGAAGAAAGAGGGGGUAUAGACUGUAGAGUAAUUUUGGUAGGAUAAGUAUCACUAAAGUGAAGAUUGUGACUUUCGUUUUUCUUUAUUAAAAGAGAUAGAAAAAGUUAAAUUACUUUAUUGAAACUGAUUUUUACUUUUGUUUAUUUUAGAAAUUAACAGUGGAAAAUAAGAAUUAUUCCUGUAAGAAGCAAAUUCAAUGACACGAAAAUAUACAACGUAUUAAUAAUCUAAAUGGUGUAUUAUGCUCAUUGUGAAAUGUUGAAUACAAAAAAAAAAAAAAAAAUCCCUGUUUGAUAAUAAGAUAAUUACGAUUUUUGUUAUUUAUUUAGUUAAUUUUUAAAAAGAAAACUUGAAUCGUCUGACUUGAGGGACACCGAUACGAAGGACCCGCGUCGGUCUUCUUGAUGAAAGAACCACCGCUUCUCUGAUGUUCGCGCCUGCAUCUCCCAUCUCCCUCCCUUAAAUACAUGCUUCGCUGCAAAGAGAUCCCAUAAAUUCUCACUCUAUCUACACAUAUAUAUUCCUCUGUUUGGCCCUAAUUCCCUUGAUCUCUCUGUCCCAAAAUGGCAGAGCCAUUAGAGAGGUACCAAGAGCUAGGGUUUGGAGAGUCCCUACAACAGACGUUUCGUUACCCCAUAGCCUGCAAAGAACUCAGCUUUAUUCUCAGGCAAAUUUACUCUAAACUCCCCAAAAAUCUUCAGUCUCUCAUCUUCCAAGACACCCUCACCGCCUUUCGUCUUCUUCCCCAAAUGCAGACACAAACUGCCAUUUCAGCGGCCAAUCUCCUCCUUCAGAGUGCAGAGGCUGCAUUGCCUAAGCAAAAGAGGGCUUUGGCAGUCACAGAGUUCAAGCAUGCAAAGGUUGCUCAAAAGAGACGCUGUAAAGCCCAACAGAAAGAAGAAGGUUUGAUCCAACUUCCUCGAGAUGUUCUUGUGGACAUCUUCAGUUUCUUAGAUUUGAGAUCUUUAGUAUCUGCUGCAUCAGUGUGCCGGUUGUGGAAAUCGGCAGCAAGUGACAACUUUCUGUGGCAUCAGCAAUAUGUUGUUUUCUUUGGUGCUUCUAAUGCUUAUUCGAAGGGGUCAGGGCAAAAUAGUGGUGUACUAAAUAAUGGGCAUAUAUCUCUAGAAGAGGGCAUUCCUACUACUGCUUGUGUCAACUGGAGAGAAGCUUUUAAAAAGGCAUAUGAAGGCAAUUUAUCGAAGAAAUUUAUGUCUUAUAGGGGAUACUGUGGGCACUGCAAAAUGAUUGUUUGGCUUAGUGGUAUGAGAUGUUCCAACAAAGACUGCACAGUAAAUUCAAAAAAUCAGCAAGUUACGCUUGUAUCAUCUGAGCAGAUUGUUGGGUAUAUAUUGGAUGAUACUCUAUCAAUGGUAUCUUCUUCAGAUAGUGACAGUGAUUCAGAUGGAGGGUCUGUUUUUAGGGUGUGGGCCCAUCUAAGAAUCAAAGCUUAACAGAAUUGAGGACAGAGUCCUGGAUCUUUAGAAAUGAGCUCAGUAACCUAACCUAAUUUUUCCUCGUGCUUUUGGUGUUUGUUUGGGUUAUCUGUGGCAACAACUAUCAAGACUAGAAGACUGGAGGUAAUGCCUUUUAUUGAACCAUUUAUUUAUUCAACCAGAAUGUAUAUAUAUGUAAAUUAAUGUAGUUUCCCCAUGGCUUCUUUUGUGUAUAUGCUGAAUCUAGUAAUCGAAGGUGAACUGUGUAAUUCCUAUUUGUCAUUUAAAAGAAUUCUUCAUGUUCUCUAACUUCAUCUUUUCCUUUAUUGGGUCCUUUAAUUUUUCAAUCCUCAAGUUACUGAAAUUAUAUGUUCUACAUACUGUUUCCAACUGUUGCACGGGGGUGCAUCUGAUUGUUUAAACACAAUAUCGCGAGCCUUUGAUUGUUGGAUCAGUCUUGUGGGGGAGUUUUAUCAUAUGGGCUUGGACUACCCUGUCUCGUGGUAUGACUGAAGUUCAUACUACUUUUACUGAGUUGCUCACCUGAUUAAUAGCAUACUGGUUCUGGGAAACGAUGCUACAUUAAAGUCUCUAGCAUUGCUUCAUUGCUAAGCAGCACUGACUCUUCUACUUAUGGUAUUUGUCUAUGUUGGUAAAUUAGUUCGUCUAUUCCAGAUGAAUAAAGAAAGUGCAACUAGUUUGAAUGAAAUUUUAAACAGUAAGGUGCUUCAGCUCUUAAAACUGAACAAAAUAGAUGCUUUUUCUAAAUAAGUACGUUUGUUAAAACUUUUAAGAUACCACUUAAAUAAUAAGUAUCACUUAGAAUGGCUCAAAAUUUAAAGUUGGAGGAGGUUCACUUAUCACUGAACACAGAAUACACUCAGUUAUGCAAGUUACAGUACUUUUUUCUUAUUGACAAAUUUGACCCAAAACAUUGAGAGAUCGUUUGUACACCUCUCCCCCUUUCUUUGUCAACUAUCUUGUAUCUUUGUGAUUUCCUAUUACAGUAAUAAGGAUACCAGUAGCUGAGUAUCAAACCCAUAAUCAACGAUUUCUAGGUGAGUGAUGAAAGUUACAACUUAGUCAUUUUAAGUCUAAAUCGAGUUGGUUGAUGAGUUUCAAUUGAGUUGGGUAUUUGUUUUCAUUGCUUGAUUGUCUUAUCUUUUACAAGUUUCAAUAAGAUCAAUUUGCAAUUAAUUUAGGAAUUUUUUGAAUGUUUACCGUUAGGAAUUUUUUGAAUGUUUACCUUCACCAAUAUGUAUGCUCGAGUAUGGUCUCAUGUAUGAUCCGGAUGUGGGUAUUGGUGGUGGGUUUGUGCAAGAACCAAAUAAAGAACAAUAUUCCUUGAACACGGUAUAUGGUUGGCAGUGUCUAGACUUUACCCUGUAGUUGAUUUCAUGCUAAGUAGAGUUUAAAUUGUUUAUUAUUGUUUCUUGACAACUAAUGAAAUUCUUACAAUGUCAAAAAGUGGAUUAAAUCGGUAGGACACAUCAUCUCUAGUUAACAAACGUUUGAGAAAGAUAUACAAACAUUGAGGUCAAUAAUUUCUCAUUUAAUUCAAUUCAUUUCAAGAUAGUAAAAUAAAAUUAAAAUUGCAUGUAAAAUAAAUCGCAAGGUUUCUGUCCAGUUUAUGUCAAUAUAGGGUAAUAAGCUAAGAUUAGGCUGCUAUGCACAAGCACACACUAAAAAAAACUACGUUGAAAUCUUGAAUUGAACCACUUACCAUUCUGUUAAGCUUGCAUGUUUUAAAUUAAUUUUGGGGGUUUAUGGUGUUGUGAUUCGAGAAUAAGUUCUUGCAGGAAGGAUUAAUAAUGUUUGAUUUUAGGUUGUAUAUGGAAUUAGGCUAGCAUAUUAAGUAAUAAGUUGCUAAAUGCUUUUCUUUCUCUGAAAUAUCAAAUAGUCAUUUAAUUAUAUAAUGACUUGUGUAUAUUAUUGAUGCAAGGAUUACUAAUGUUUGAUUUUAGGUUGUAUAUGGAAUAAGUCUAGCACAGAAGUAAUAAAUUGCUAAAUGCUUUUUUUUUUUUUUUUU